ACUUAAUUAUUCAAUUAAAUAUGGUUCCAAUUGUCCAUUAUCUUGACCCAGAUCAUCCCAGACAGACGAAGGUUGAACUGGCCGUCAUGUCCGAGGCAAAGAUGGAGCGCUCCUCGACCAAAACUCAUCUCGUCUGCAUGGCUCUCCCCUUGCAAGGCCACAUCAACUCCAUGCUCAACCUGGCCAAAGUCCUCCACUUCAAGGGCUUCUUCAUAACCUUCGUCAACACCGACUACGCCCACCGCCGACUUCUCGGAUCACUCUCCGCUCUCGACGGCCUCCCUGACUUCCGCUUCGCCAGCAUCUCCGACGCCCCCGACGAUAGCGACCAAUUAUACAGACAAGACGCUAGAAAUCGCGUUCUCGCCGCCCAAAAGCACUGCCCUGCUUCUUUCCUCAGGCUCAUAUCCGCGCUGAACGAUCCGAGCAUAUCCAGCGUCCCACCCGUUAGAUGCGUCAUCUCAGAUUCCUUCGCCACCUUCACCCUCAACGCCACCACCAAAUUGGGGAUCCCUAACGUCUUCUACUGCACAGUCGCCGUGUGUGGCUUCACGGACUUGUACUACUCCAAGGACUUGAUCGAGAGGGGCCUCAUCCCUUUGAAAAGUGAAGACGAUCUUACAAAUGGGUACCUGGACACUGUCGUUGAUUGGAUACCAGGAAUGGUAACAGUCCGGCUGAGAGAUUUGACUAGUUUCAUUCGAACCACCGACCGAGACGACGCAUCGCUCAACUUUUCCAUGGACGGAGCGCGUGCAUCUCACCGAGCCACGGCAAUCAUCUUCAACACUUUUUCUGAAUUAGAAUCGCCAUUGCUCAGCGCGUGUUCAUCGAUGCUCCCGGCGCCGGUGUUCGAUAUCGGUCCCAUGUGCCUGCUUUCCCAGCACAUUCCCGAUGAUUCAUCGACCUCAUCGAUCGGUGGACUGAACAUGUGGAGAGAGGACUCGCGAUGCAUGGAAUGGCUAGACGAAAAGGAGUCAGGGUCCGUGUUGUACGUCAACUUUGGUAGCUUGACAAACUUGACGAGCGAGCAGGCCGUGGAGUUCGGAUGGGGUUUGGCGAACAGUGGAUGCGCGUUUCUUUGGGUCAUUAGACCGGACCUCGUGGUCGGCGACGCGGCGUUGUUGCCACGGGAGUUCUCGGAGAUGACCGAGGGAAGGAGCUUCUUCACGAGCUGGUGCCCACAACGGAGGGUGUUGGCUCAUGCUGCAAUUGGAGGUUUUUUGACGCACUGCGGAUGGAAUUCUACGACGGAAAGCAUAUGCUCAGGGGUUCCCAUGAUCUGUUGGCCUUUCUUUGCCGAUCAGCAAAUUAAUCGUAGGUACAUAUGCUCUGUAUGGGGCAUUGGAAUGGAAAUUGGUGAAGAUGUAACGAGGGAGGAGGUGGAAGGGUUGAUCAAGGAGCUGAUGGAAGGGCGGAAGGGGAAGGAAAUGAAGAGGAAAGCGGUGGAGUGGAAAGAAAAAGCAGUUGAGGCAGCCAAACCUGGUGGAGGAUCUUGGAGAAAUUUGGAAAAGCUUAUCCGGGAGAUAAUAAUGAAGAAGUGAUGUUAAAUGGAAAAUUAAACUUAUUUUUCUAUGUUGAAUAAUUAAAUAAGUUACUUUUCUAUUAUCUUUACAGUUCGUUUAUAGUUUAGUCAUGAAAUUUGGUGAUAUAUAUAUAUAUCACAUGCAUAAGCA